AUAAACAUUUUGGGCUGGGUUUUGUUGAGUUGACGCAUAGACAUUUCAUCUCGAGCGAAUGAAAAUUUUGAAGAAUGAGUUUAUCGUAUAGUUUUUGUGUGUUGUAUAUUUUUACAGUCGUUUGUAAUGUAUGUGGACUGUACGAGUACGAGUGCAACGAGCCUCUCCUGGACCGGGCACAGCUGACGGCCACGUCUGCGCGCCCGGAGCGCGGCCCAGAGAACGCCAGGCUUUACGGUGGCAAUGCAUGGACCGCCCUGAGCUCGGAUUUCGAGCAGUAUCUGAUAGUUGACUUGGGGCAGGUCAUGAAUGUGACCAUGAUCUCCACACAAGGCCGCCCCCACUCCUCCGAGUUUGUCAUGGAGUAUGGUAUCAGUUACGGCACAAACGGACUUGAUUACGCUGAUUUCAAGGAGGCGGGAGGCGACACCAAGAUGUUCAAAGGCAACGUGAACGGCGACACUGUGAGGAAGAACACCUUCGAGUACCCCAUCAUCGCCCAGUGGAUUCGCAUCAACCCCACCCGGUGGCAGGACCAGAUAUCCCUGCGUCUCGAGCUGUACGGCUGCGAGUACGUGGCGGACGACAUGCACUUCAACGGCUCGGCCAUGGUGCGCUGGAACUUGAUGCGGGACCCCGUGUCGGCGUCCCGGGAGUCCAUCAGGUUCCGCUUCAAGACGUCGGUGGCCGACGGGGUGCUGCUGUACAGCCGCGGCACUCAGGGCGACUACCUGGCCUUGCAGCUGCGAGACAACCGCAUGCUGCUCAACGUGGACCUGGGGGCCGGCAUCAUGACCAGCCUGUCCGUGGGCAGCCUGCUGGACGACAACGUGUGGCACGACGCCGUCAUCUCCCGGAACAGGCGCGACAUUGUGUUCUCCGUGGACCGCGUCAUGAUCCACGGCCGCAUCAAGGGCGAGUUCGUGCGCCUGGACCUCAACCGGGAGUUGUACAUAGGAGGCGUGCCGAACAUGCAGGAGGGUCUGGUCGUGGUGCAGAACUUCACAGGCUGCAUAGAGAACCUGUUUGUGAACUCGACCAACGUGAUCAGGAACAUCAAAGAGGCCAGCACCUACGACGUCUCUUUCCUCUAUGUCAAGACCAACACUCUGUACACCUGCCCGGAACCUCAAAACUCUCCUAUUACAUUCCUGACGAGCAAGUCGCACGCUCGUCUGAGAGGCUACGAAGGCGUUGGGUCCCUGAACGUGUCCUUCUCGUUCCGCACGUACGAGGGUCAGGGCGUUCUGCUCUAUCACAAGUUCACGUCCGAGGGCUACGUUAAGAUGUUCCUGCUGAAAGGCAAGAUCAUGGUGGAGAUAGUGACCGGGGACAACCCGCGAGCCAUCCUGGAUAACUUCAACGAGGAGUUCAACGACGGCAAGUGGCACGUGGUGAUCCUCACCAUAUCCACCAGGAGCCUGGUGCUGACCGUGGAUGGCCAGCCCAUGAAGACCUCGCGCCUGCUCUCCAUGAUCACGGGCAGCGUGUACCUGAUCGGAGGAGGGGUGUCCAACUCGCCGGGCUUCGUCGGCUGCAUGCGCAAGAUCAGCGUGGACGGCAACUACAAGCUGCCGUCGGACUGGAAGGAAGAUGAGUACUGCUGCAAGAACGAGGUGGUGUUCGACUCGUGCCAGAUGAUCGACCGCUGCAACCCCAACCCCUGCAAGCACUCGGGCAUCUGCCGCCAGAACGCGGCAGAGUUCUUCUGCGACUGCAGCAACACGGGCUACACGGGUGCCGUGUGCCACACCUCGCUGAAUCCCCUGUCCUGCACGGCCUACAAGAACACCAAUCCCGUGAACCAGCGCGCCAACAUCAAGAUAGACGUGGACGGCAGCGGGCCCCUGCGCCCCUUCCCCGUCACCUGCGAGUUUUAUGCGGACGGACGCAUCGUGACGGUGAUCAGCCACAGCAACGAGCAGAUGACUCCAGUGGACGGCUUCCAAGAGCCGGGCAGCUUCGUGCAGAACAUCGUGUACGACGCGGACAUGGAGCAGAUGGAGGCACUGAUCAACCGGUCGAUGUCCUGCUGGCAGAACCUGCUGUAUGCCUGCCGCAAGUCCGUGCUCUUCAACUCGCCGGCGUACGACCACAACAGCUUCAGGCCGUACGCGUGGUGGGUGUCGCGCUACAACCAGAAGAUGGACUACUGGGGCGGGUCCCUGCCUGGCUCGCGCAAGUGCGAGUGUGGCAUCAUGGGCACCUGCGUCAACGCCUCCAAGUGGUGCAACUGCGACUCUGGCCUGGACAGCUGGCUGGAGGACGUGGGGGACAUCACGCAGAAGGAGUACUUGCCGGUGAAGCAACUCCGCUUCGGCGACACGGGCAACGCGCUGGACGACAAGGAGGGGCGCUACCGCCUCGGCCCGCUGCUGUGUGAGGGGGACGAUCUGUUCAACAAUAUGGUGACCUUCCGCGUCUCGGAUGCCACAAUCGACCUGCCCACGUUCGACAUGGGUCACAACGGAGACAUAUACUUUGAGUUCAAGACGACGACGGACAGAGCUGUGAUCAUGCACAGCACGGGACCCUCGGACCAUAUCAAGAUCUCUAUCAUAGGCGGCACGCAGAUCCAGUUCAGCUACGCGGCGGGCAGCGGGCCGAUGAGCGUGAACGCGGAGGCUCCCUACAAGCUGUCCGACAACAACUGGCACUCUGUGUCACUGGAGCGCAACAGGAAAGGCUCGCGCGUCGUGAUCGACAGUGCGCACAAGACGGAGAUACGCGAGCCGCCCGGCCCAGUGCGCGCCCUCAGACUCACCUCCAAACUGAUUGUCGGUGCGUCGGUGGAGUUCCGCGACGGCUUCGUGGGCUGCAUCCGGGCCCUGCUGCUGAACGGCAUGCCCGUGGACCUGAGGCGGCACGCGGCGCGGGGGCUCUACGGGGUGAACGAGGGCUGCCAAGGCAAGUGCGAGAGCAGCCCGUGCCUCAACAACGGCACGUGCCACGAGGGCUACGACAGCUACACCUGCGAUUGUCGCUGGACCGCCUUCAAGGGACCCAUCUGUGCGGACGAAAUUGGCGUGAAUCUGCGGCCGAGCUCCAUGAUCAAGUAUGACUUCUCCGGCAGCUGGAGGUCAACGAUUGCCGAGAACAUACGAGUGGGGUUCACCACCACGAAUCCCAAAGGAUUUCUUCUAGGAUUCUCCUCGAACAUUUCUGGGGAGUACUUGACCAUCAUGAUCUCAAACAGCGGCCACCUGAGAGUUGUCUUCGACUUUGGCUUCGAAAGGCAGGAAGUUAUUUUCCCCAACAAGCAUUUUGGUUUGGGACAGUACCACGACGUGCGCAUCAGGAGGAAGGACUCUGGGUCCACGUUGGUCAUGGUGGUGGACAACUACGAAGCUCAAGAGUUCAAGUUCAACAUCAAAGCCUCGGCGGACGCCCAGUUCAACAACAUCCAGUACAUGUACAUCGGCAGGAACGAGUCGAUGAAGGAGGGCUUCAUCGGCUGUGUUUCCAGGGUCGAGUUUGAUGACAUCUACCCUCUGAAGCUGCUGUUCCAGGAGGAUGGGCCGUCUAACGUCAAGUCUCUGGGCAGUCCCCUGACCGAGGACUUCUGUGGCGUGGAGCCGGUGACCCACCCUCCCGACAGCGUGGAGACGAGACCUCCGCUGAUCCUGGACGAGGACAAGCUCCGAGCCAUCUACGACCGCACCCACACCAACUCCGCCGUGCUCGGAGGGGUGCUGGCGGUGGUGUUCCUGGCCCUGGUGAUCAUCGCCAUCCUGGUGGGGCGCUACCUGGCGCGGCACAAGGGCGAGUACCUCACGCAGGAGGACAAGGGUGCGGACAACGUGUCGGACCCCGACACGGCGGUCGUGCGCUCUGCGACCGGCCACCAGGUGCAGAAGAAGCGCGAGUGGUUCAUAUGAUACAGCGGCACACACGGUGCGGAUGCAUGGCGAGGCCUUUACUCCGCCCACAUCUGCAUAUGUUAGGUGAACAAGCAUUGGAAUUAGAACUGCAGUAAAAAUGUUAGCGAUGGAGGGGCCCAGUGCUUGACCAGAAAGGACUCGAAAGUGACGACCAAAGUCGAGCGCGGAACACCGUCACGGUAGCAUCCUUGCAGCUUACUUAGCAGCACAUCAAGAUAAAUUUUAACUAAUGCAGUUUCAAACAUUGAAGAAACCAUUAGGCUACAGGGAGUGAUGAUUGCAGAGACAUUCGAGGUUAACACACGUCUAAAUAUGAUCCUAUACGAGAAGGAAACCUACUCUAACAGCAAUUAGUAAAGUGAUAGAAAUUUUGCAUUCAAUUAGUGGGGGCAUGCUAAAUUUGCACCAUACAACUUAUGAUCCAUUCAUACAGGUAAAUAAUGAGGAGGGCUUGCAAUGUAGCUAUAGCCAAAUGCUGCCAAGAUUUGCGGGUCUCUACACUGUGGAACACUGUUCAAUAGUUGCUCGAGUUACAGAGACGGCACUGUCGAAGACUGGGCUAUGGAUGCCAUAAGACAGUGUAGCCUGGCAUAAAUUAUUUGUGGCAUUAGAAGUUUGAAUGUGAGGAACAAAUGCUGUGUAGGACAUAAUUUUUAGUUGUAGUUCACUCAUUCAAGUGUAAUUAUUUUGCAGUAAAUGGGUUUGGGUCGUUUUGGUGUAAAAGUAAGACAACUACUCACUAAACAUAAAUGAGAACAUGCAAUUUAGUUUGAAAAUGAGAGUAGCACAUGUACAAAGGCUGGAAACGUACUAGUUGGUAUGUGUUCUAAAUGGAAUUUCAAAUAGAGAUUUUAAUAAAAUGACUUGGGUAGAUUCGGUGCUCUAAACCAACACUUGACCAAAGAAUUAUAUCAUCUCUUUGUGGUCUUGCUUUCUACAGACUCAGUACCUUAAUUUUUACUGCCUGCCCUGCAAGUCCAAGAGGUUAUUAUAACUAAACUAGGGUAUCUUAGCCAUAUUAAGGGGCCUACCCAUUCAGGGGUCUAUUGUGUUAGUGAGGUGGGAUGAUAAGUGUGAUGUUCACUGGUAUUUCUAGUGUGGUAUCAUCUCUAAGCACAAGGUUUUGAACUGGUAUGCAAUCUUCUGUUUUUGGGUUGUAAAUUGAGUGGUACCAUAACAUUAUAUGGCAGACAAAUGAAGAUUAAGGUGUAAUGCAAGGCUUUCAUGUCUAGAAAUUAUUCUGAACUACCUAUCCCCUCCCCCUCAACACAUUCUUAAAUGCUUUUCGUAAACACACACACACACACACUCACUUACGAUAUCUUGAGCACUUUUUAAGUUGUACUGUUUUUCCUGAAGCUGCACACCUAUGUGUACCCAGGUAUGCAGGUCCCUUAUAAAUCUUAAUGCUUCCCACAAACAAAAUUCUCAAUUCGCAGGAACUUUGAUAUUAUCAGGUACUUAAUCGAUGUAUGAAUCUUAAUGUUAGGACCGGUCUUGAGACACACCUACUUCAUGCAGUUCAACCGACUUUGGUUUCCCAAGGUCUAACCUCGCCCAAUCAUUUCAGACCACAUUACAUUUAAAACAAGCUUAGUUGGGAAAAUAAAAUAAAACUCAAAUUCUUCAAACUGCUACCUCAAACAUUGUGCUCUAGAGUAGGUAUACUGUGUCCAGGCAGUAACUUCAAUUGCUGACAAGAGUGAUAGCUAGGGACAAGAUUUAGUGGUUUUAUUUUUAUAAAUUAAUUUUUAAUCAUAAAGAUAGAUAGUGUGAUUUUGAGACAUUAUUUCACCCAACUAUUGACAUUUUAAUUAGCAUAUGGUACACUUUUACAAUAUAAUUAAUUAUAUUUCAUGAGCAGAACUAAUUCAAAUAAAAUUAAACUGGCAAGCAGUGGUGGAAUUAGAGCGUAAAAUAUGCACUGUAAUAAACGACUGCUCAAGUAAUAAAUAGGUGUUAACCAGUGCCCACCCAGAAGUCAAUCCUGGGUCCGCCCAGCGGUAAGUGAUUGAGUGUUUGUAAUCUAAACAGAGCAGAUGUUAGAAAUGUAAUAAUGAGUUACUGAUAGGUUUGAAACUCAAAGUAAAAUUGAUUUAUUUUUUCAAUGUAUUUAGAUACAAUUUGGUACAAACUUCAUGCUGACAAAAUUAACUUCAUUGAAUUUAAUAUGUCAAAACUUGAAUUUUUGUGAUUUAAGUUUUGCAAGAAUUUUGAAUUUUGUUUAAUUAUAGUGUAUUAACUGGUGCAAUUUCUGUGUUUAAUAGUGCACGGAUGUGCUUUUGGUUGUUUGUUUUUAUUUAUCACAAUUCACCAUAUAAUCUUGUCCCUAGUGACAGCCUGGCAUUUUGUCAUUGUGGAAAUUAUACAAACCAGUUAUCUUGUUAAUCCAUUACCAUUUGGAUGAAAGAGUGAGUUAUGAAAUACUGUAGUUUGUGCAUGUAACAUUACCAGCUUGAAAUGUGAGAACCAUUCAAUACCCAUUAUGAAGUUAACAAUUUUUUGUAAGCAUUAGGCAAUGUUAUUAGUUUUGAUUAUUUUGUCAUGUAAACUGAUAUUAAGGCAGCUAUUUUGCUAAUAUUAUUCCAAAGUAAAUUGCUAGUAUUAUUUGUUAAUUUGCCAUAUCACAUCCGUCCUUUCGUUGAUAUUGAUUUACUGUGAUUAUAAUUUACUAAUAUAUUUUAUUUCCUUGAUUUAAUUAUAUGUAUGUUUUAAAUUUAUACCAUGUGUAUUUUUGUUAGAUAUUAAUUUGUAUAAGUUAACGCAAAAGAGACUUGGCAUACUUAUCAAAAAUAAAUACUACACAAUGGAAUCUGGCUCAAGGAGCAAUCUGAUCAGUCACACAUAGUGACAAAAUUGUAUCUGUAUAGUUUGUACAUGUAUAUGAUUUAAAGGUGUGUCGAUAUCUUAUGCUAGUUUUUACAAUUUUUAGCUGUAUGUCUUUAUAGUAGUAAUAGCUUAUUAUUAUUGUACACAUUCCAUUUAAAAUGAUUUUUUUAAAUAAACACAUAGGAAGUUAGUUGUCGUUGACAUUUAUGUUUGUAAUAAAGCGAAUAAAAUUUAUUUUCAGCCAACUAUAUAUUUUCACUGAACCUGCCCAAAAAGAAAGUUGCCAUUAGUAAAGGCUGCUAUUAUAAUUUUUGAGUGGAAAUCAAAGUACAUCUGAUAUUUACUUCACACCACACAUUAAAUGUAUCACAAAAUU